AUGCAGAAUCCGGACUACACAAUUGACCGCAUGACCAAGCUUGACGAUGACAACAUUUUGAUCAGAUCUCGCUUCCGGGGGAGGGUAUUCGACAUUGAAUUUGGACCAAAUGACCUCCACGAUCCAGCGAGUCCAAUCGGUUCACAGCCCUUCGAGCAACAGUACCUCGAUGCGCUUCAACAUUCAUUCGGUGAUGAUGAAUCUGCGGAAGCUUCUGAAGCCGAUGAAGACGAUGCGGCUACCGACUUCUCUGAUUGCAGUGGUCGUUUCGAUACGGCCGCCUCUCCGAUGUCGAGCGAAUGUGGUUGCGAAGAGGAUCCUGUCAUAGCCUUUGCUGUGGGACCAUUUUUGACACACAGAACCUUCGAAACUUUUGCCCCGGAAUCAUCAACACCUUGUCUCAAUACCUUACAAGACGUCCUUCACCCUCCGCUUCUGUCGUUUACCCUACGUGUAGUUGGAGGAGAUCUCGUCCCGAUCAGCCGGUCUCCAGAGAAAUUGGAAACCGCGGAUCCACCCUGGGCUACUGUCUGGAAAUCUGAGCAUUGGCUCGAAUACCCUCAUGUCGAAGCAAAAGACAUCACUUUGGCUCAAACUUCUCAGACAUCCUCAAAUACCAACCUCGUUAUGUUCAACAACCGCAUAUGCUGGUUUAAGCCUGUUUUGGACUACGUCGAUAGUCCUCCAUAUAUUCGAGAGAUCGAUAUACUCUCCAAGCUCUCUCGGGAAAAUCUCAGCCACAGACUACGCUGCCCGCAGAUAGAAGCUAUUGUACUUGAUGACAAGGAUGGUAACAGGGGAUUUAUCAACGGUCUUAUUCUCUCCGCCAUCUACCCCAACAAUGGGACCAUAGCAGAUCGAGUCAACGGACCAGAAGGGCUAUCUCUCCCCAUGGCGCUAUGUGAACGCUGGUAUCGUGAUAUCGAGGACAUGGUACAUUUAUUGCACGAAAAAGAUUUUGUCUGGGGCGAUGUUUCGCCGAACAACAUGGUCAUUGACGCGAACGAAAAUGUCUGCAUGAUUGAUUUUGGGGGUGGAUACACGGAGGGCUGGGUCGACGAGGAAGACAGGGAGACCAAGAAAGGGGAUCUAGAAGGACUCAAGAGGAUCAAGGAGUACUUGUUGGAUAUGGACCGGACAGGAGAUGCCACAGAGUGA